UCGCUGUCUGUAUCGAUGAAGUUGUUUCAAAGAUGGCGGAUUUCCUGCCGUCCCGCUCCGUUUUAUCUGUAUGUUUCCCUAACUGUCUCCUCACAAGCGGCGAGGUAGAACAGUUGCGGAAAUCUAAAGAGAUAGAUAAGUGUAUUAAUCGAGAUAAGACGUAUGUCAAAAGGUUAGUUAAGAUCCUAUUACUUGGGGCAGGCGAGAGCGGCAAGUCCACUUUCCUCAAGCAGAUGCGCAUUAUCCAUGGGCAGGACUUCGAUCAGAAGGCCAAAGAAGAAUUCAGAGCCACGAUUUUUAGUAAUGUUAUAAAAGGUAUUCGAGUGUUGGUGGAUGCUCGAGAGAAGCUACACAUCCCAUGGGGCAACCUGUCCAACCAGCGGCACGGAGACAUCAUGAUGGCGUUUGACACCCGGUCGGUAAUGGCCAACGGUCACGGCAUGGUGGAGCACAAAGUUUUUCAGCACUACCUGCCGUCCAUUCGGGCCCUGUGGGCCGACCAGGGCAUCCAGAACGCCUACGACCGCCGCAGAGAAUUCCAGCUGGGUGAGUCAGUCAAGUAUUUCCUGGACAAUUUGGAAAAGCUCGGACAGACGGACUACCUCCCCAGCCAACAGGACAUCCUCCUGGCCAGAAAGCCCACCAAGGGCAUCCACGAGUACAACUUUGAGAUAAAGAACGUGCCCUUCAAGAUGGUGGACGUGGGCGGCCAGCGCUCGGAAAGGCGGCGCUGGUUCGAAUGCUUUGACUCGGUCACGUCCAUCCUCUUUCUCGUCUCGUCCUCUGAAUACGACCAGGUGCUGAUGGAGGACCGGCAGACCAACCGGCUGAGCGAGUCGCUCAACAUCUUCGAGACUAUCGUCAACAACCGCGUGUUCAGCAACGUCUCCAUCAUCCUGUUCCUGAACAAGACGGACCUGCUGGAGGAGAAGGUGAAGCAGGUGUCCAUCAGAGACUACUUCCCCGAGUUUUCGGGCGAGCCCGCCAGCCUGGCCGACGUCCAGCGCUUCCUGGUGGAGUGCUUUCGCAAAAAGCGCCGCGAGCAGCAGCAGAAGCCGCUGUACCACCACUUCACCACGGCCAUCAACACGGAGAACAUCCGGCUGGUGUUUCGCGACGUCAAGGACACCAUCCUGCACGACAACCUCAAGCAGCUGAUGCUGCAGUGAGAGGACUGCCGGGGAGACGGAGGUGGGAUGGGUCGAGGCAGGCGCACCGCCUUUUUCCCCUCAACCGUAAGGGGGAGCCGGCGGUGUCCCUCUACCCAUUCGGCCUCCCUCCUUGACUUUGACUGGCUCCUCACUUUUGAACUUGGACUGUGUGUUAAAGCCACCACUACUACCGCCAUCCCCCCCCCACCCACGCUUGUUCUCUGCCUUACUGAGCGUGUUCACUAUGACUUAUGAAAGCCCCUGUUGGCUAAGAGCCCCAACCACCCUUCAAACCACUGUAAACCACUGUAAAUGACCCCCCCCCCCCGCCCAUAUUUCCUCACUGUGUUGCUCUAAUUCACAUCCACACACCUUUUUUUUCCUAUGCUGCUCUGACCAUUGUUGCUAGUGAAGGAGAGGUGGGAGGGGCUUGUUUUAAACUGGUGUUACUGAGUAACCGUCUCCAGCGACUGUUGCCAGGUGUUGCCUUCCUCUUCCGAGCUCCUUUUGUUUUGUCUCUGGUUUUACAUCGGCUCUCCACUGGCGCUUGGUAAUGACAUCACUGUGGGCAUUUCCUCUGAGGGCAGUGGAACCAAAAGCUUUAAAAGCACACCGCCGCCGCAGCCGCCACGCGUCAUACGACGGGCCGUCCCUAGCACCAAACAGGUAGCGUUACGCUGCAGCGCGGCAACACUUUUCAUUACUACUUUGACCAUUUCUUCCACCUCCGCCUUUAGCUGAAAAUCAUUAAGCUUGAACCCAUAACUUAAACUUGGCUCCUGCCAGACAUUUUUUUUUUUUUUUUUUUUUUUUUUCUCUGCUGUUGUCUCCAUAAUGACGGGAUUGCGGGUUGUGAGGCUCAGGAUAUGCCUCGACCUCAACGACUAUCUCUCCUCGUCCGUUCUUUGCCAGCGGCAGCAAGAGGUGAGGAGAGGAAGUCCAGCUGCCAUGGGAGCCGGGAUGUACAAGCGUGGGCAAGAAAUAUGUUUUUUUUUUUUUUUUUUUUAUUAGGGGCGGCGAGGCUGGAAAUAGGACAGUGGUGUGAAGUGUUGCGGGGCGCCCACGAGUUCUGACGCGUGCCUAUCUGCUGCUGGUGUGGGGGUUGUACAUUGAAAAUAAUGGGCGGCUGUUUUGAUAUGCGGCGUUGAGCGGCGGUGUGUUUUGGCCUGAACACAGAUAUAUAUAUAUAUAUAUAUAUAUAUAUAUAGCAUCAUCUCCUGUUCCAAAGUCCGCCUAAUUCUAGUUUUCUAAUAAUUUUGUUUCUUUUUCUAAUAUAUGAACAUACUGUAUGUAGCUAUGCAUUUUUCUUUAACUUAUAUUUUACACUUUGUUGAUUUGCCGAUGGACUCUGUUACACUUAACUGGAUACAUGACCACUUGUAAAAUGAAACGCCGCGCUAUGAGGGUAGCUACUGCCGGGUUAAUCUAGCGACCUGUUGUAUUUUGCUGUUUCUCAGGGCACACUGUGAACCCCUACUCCUCUGUGAUCUGAAAAUUAAGGUCAAAUUAAGAUUUCAUGGUGUCUUUUCUAUGUCUGCGUCAGCAGAGAAGACUCCUCGCGCUUUGAAAAAAGCAGAACUGCGGCCCAUCUUCAACCAGGGCCGACGAGCCGAACAAAAUGAUGACCCCCCUCCAUCCACCUGGUACUAACAUAUGAUCUGUAUCUACGUCUGGAUAACUACAUCUGCAUUUGACUUGUUCCAAAUGCGCACUGAAAGAAGAAAAAAAAAAAGCCCCUGUUGGCUCGGAUGCUCGAUGUAGUCCCACGUCCUCGGACAGACAAUUAAUUUGUCCCUAUCUAAAUGAAAUAAUCUAGAUACCACAUGUUGAUACCAAACUGGAUGUUGUGGUCCUGGUUGAAAAUGGACAAAUUUAUACUGAAGCCCUGUGGAACUUCCACAUCCCGGUCUGACGGUUUCUUCUCACCAGAGAUCGAGGAAGAAGGGAAAACUGUUUUUCUUUCUUCUUCCUCCCAGUAGGAAGACCACCUUAAGUGUUUGUGACAUUUUUUAUUUUUUAUUUUUAUUUUCUAAAAGGUACCCGUUACUGCUUUCUGUCUGUCUCUCCCAUCCAUGCAUCCUAUGUUCAAAACAAAAAGGGAUAUAGCCAGCCUGUAUGUCACUAAGGAGCAGUUGGUGUCUGCUGUCUACUGGUUCUGUACAGUUCACAUGGUCCUCUAUCACACCUCCUCUCAUGUCUAAUGUGUCAGUAUGUAACUCUCACAACCAAGCGCACUCUCAUUUCUAACAGCUGAUGUAACCUCCCGCCCAGAUUUGUAUGUAUGUAUGACAUUGACCAUGAGUGUUUUUUUUUUAUUUUAACUUUUUUCGACGGUGUUCAUUUCAAAACGGAAGCAGGCGUCUGGUGGCCUGGUUUAAGUCCCAUCACUCAGCUUCCUCCAGAUGAGUUGAGACCAUAAACACCAAAGUCCCUCCACGCGCCCCAGCAGAUAACUGGCUCCACUGGUUCAUUAAACCAGAUUCACAGGAACAGUUUUUAUUGUUUUCAGUCUUAACAAAAAGGGCAGAGUCUUUUGUUUGUGUGGGGGAACACAUUCUAAAUACAUCAGCAUAGAUAUAUUACGUUACAUUUUUACCUGGGUCUUUUAUAGUUGUGUUGUAAUCGCUAAUGGCAGCUCAUUACUUCAAAAGACUGAAUUAACACCCUGCUUUAGCUCGAACAUGGCCCGCCCGGUGUCCCUCUGUCUUACCUGUUGUCCACACUGGAUGCGUUUUUAAGCCUCGCUUUUUGGUCUUCUGUCCCAGUUUUUAAUCAGCUGUCUACACAGGCGCUGCAACAGCUUGAGUUUUACUCACACGCAGCCUACGUAGCCUCUAAGGAAACCCAGGUGAAAACUACAAACUAUCUGGUGACCAUCAGAACCUGGGGGAAGAGAGGAUCUCAGUAACGACCCCACUACUGUCCGUCCCACGUGCAUCGAUCACUUUUCAAAUGACUGAACAAGAGUUAAGGUGCUGACACACUAGGCAGGCGGCAAAAGGCCGACUUCGACGUCGCCCCUUACGCGACGUUACGAUGUCUUGUACGAAAAAGUCGCACUUGGAACACACCGCAAAGAGAACAAUGGGCCAACUAGCAUGUCCGUUCUGUACCUGCGUGAGAGGAAAUGACUCCACGCCGAGGCCUUCUGCGCGCGCCCUCUUGACUCUAAUCGUUUGCUUGCUUUCUUUUCUUCUGUUUUUUUGUCUCGUGCCCUAAUUGGCUUAAACUGAACAGCCAAUCGGAGUGAUUUCUCUCACCGACAGCUCCGGCGCUGAUUCAACAUGUCGGAACGGCCCGGAGAAAAAAAAGCUGAGGGUGUUCGACUAGCACCGACGAUCAUCUGUUCCAAAUUUAACGCAACUAAGUUUUGGUUUCCGUAGCGACCACCGUACGUCCAGGCGCUUGCGGCGCUCUGAAGUCUGGCUUUAAUUUUACGUCGAAAAAAAGCGGUAAAACUGUAAAUCACAAUUGAAUCAAAACGUUCCUCUCAUCUAUUAAAUAAGCAUGUGACCCGUUUCAACUCCACCCCUUAAAGAAUCGGAAUCGAAAGGAAGAUUCCGAUUUGUUAAAAUCCAAACGAUGCCCACCCUAGCGACUCUCGCUCAUUGUUGGCCCAACUUUAACCGACGGCCGUCCGUCUCUGGUGUGUCAGCACCUUUAGAAAUGUAACUAUGGUUCUAUAAAUUCUGGAUGGCCAUUUUUCAGACGUCCAUUGGUUUCCAUCGAUUUCUGUAUAUGAAAUAAUGAUCUGGCGGACUCUUAAAACUUGCUUGUUGUGUAAUUCAACAGUUAUUUAUAGUCAUUGUUCACAUUACGUGCCAUUUGAAAAGUCUGCAUUGCAUGGCCUCGUAACUAAAGUGUUACUUUGAAAAAAAAAAAAAAAAAAAAGAGUGCAGAUGCCAUGGUCACCUUAAUGGAUUACACAAUUAAAGGCAUUUUUCAAAUGUCUGUUAAUGCAUUUUCAUAUUGUGGGAAAUUGAAUGGAAGCCAAUGGAAGGAAAAAAAAAAGCAUGCGUGUUUCCAAAACACACGGAUGUUUUGCACAAUGGUAAGAUAAUUUUUCUACAGCUCUUCACGUAGGCAUCAAGGAACAUAGUCAUACUUGAGAGACAAAUGGGAGCACCUGUGUCCCCCGAGCUGCAUCGGUGUAGUCCUUCCUGUCCGCCAAACUCACAAGUAGCCAAUCGGAGACGGUUUAGACCCGAGACGCCCCAACUCGGAGUAGUUUCCUGUAUCUGUGUAUCGUGGGCUCCGCCACGGCCACGCCUCUUUAGGAGACUAGCAGCAGGUCCUGAGUGUGUUGAUUCCAACGGGAGAAGUGAACGUGAACACAGAUUAUGAGCGAUUCUUUCGCCCCGUAGUCACCAAAGUAAAUAUUGGAGCCAUUUCUCACAAGCCACAUAUCCUCCAGAACAUUCUGACACUAACAUGGCAUUUUUCAGAUGGACACAUCAGGAGAAAAUGAACUUUUUUUGAGACCAGUUUCUGUCUCAGGACCAAACUCUCACCAGAUCUGGCAACACAGAGAAGCUAACGUCAGCUAACGUCCGUGAACGCCCUAGCAAAACUCAUCUCUGUGAUGCUAAAUAUGUCUUUUAGCUGUGUAAAUAUCUAACGUUAGCAAAAGCAAAUAUGACUAAAUUAUUCAAAUAUAGUUUUUCAUCCAUCCACACGACGUUCACUACACGUUCAAACCAGGCCACGCCCCUUUAGGAGACAGGAAGUGUGGACCGUUUCAUACCAUUGGUACCAUCUUUAGUGUAGAGGAUCUUUAGCCUACUGUCACUCAGUGUGCGUUAGCAUGGAGCUGCGAAGUCACAUGGCUAGUUUUGUUGUGUGCACGUUCAACUCUCAAAGAGGAAGUUGACCGACGACUCUGUCAAAAGCUUGGUGAUUUCUUCACACGGUGUGUUUUUUUUUUUCUUUUUUUUUCGGCCUCUUCCAGACCCUUGUGUCAUGUAAUGACUUCAGGCCAGAAGAAAAAGCCUGUUGUUCCACAAACAAACGCGCGCCAUGAAGUCAUAGCAGAAACAGGCCCGGACCCUGACAUGGCCUUUGCAAACUGAACAAACAUGGUUUGGAUUGUUCAGCGCACAGACAGUAUACUGUCACACAGGAGCGUGAGCAGAUGGGUGAGCGACGAUGUCCCACAUGCUGUUGGGACUGUCGCAGCUCUUUAAUGGAGACUCUGUGAUGUCACAUUUCCCAUGUCAUUAAAGAUCAGGGCUCCACAGUCUCGCAGGCUUUCAGAGUUUUGAGUUGUAGCCUGCCGCAAAAAGGAGCCACAUCCUUCCAAAAGCACUUGGCUUAACUGUUUUUAUUUUAAUGUAGCCCAAACUGUCUUGCAAAGACAGACCAGUGGUGGCUCUGCUGGCUUCGGCUGUCCACUGCUACUUUUUAACUCCUAAAGUGUUCCUUCCCCAUUGGAAGGCAGGGUGAGAAGCCUGUCUCCAUAGCCUUCUCCAGACUCAAUCACACUAACCUUCGCCCGCUCUCUCCAAGAACCCUCUCUCUUUUCCAUGUCUUUACAGUCUUGAAACCAUGAAUCAUAGAAUUGGGGCGGUAGGAAUGAAAAAAAGAGACCCGGGAGCCCUGGUUAGCUUCACGCUUCCACACACACCUGACCAAUUACUAAGUCAAAUGGACUUAAUAGUCCUUUUUUUUUUUUUUUUUUUGGAAAGUUACAAAUCGCUUAGCCUCUCAUUGCCAGACCUUCCUCCACAGCGCUGCUGUAUGUCAUGUGAAUCUGACAUUACUGUCACUAAUGUGUUUUUCUGGUGGAAAAUUGAGAAAACGAAAUGCCUUUUUCUUACGUGUCGGUUGUAAAUACCUGUGCGAGUACACCAGUGUCACCUUUACAUAGUCCAAACUAUGCAAUAGCACUGCUCCACAGCCAUGAUGUGGUAUUAUUGUUAAAAAAAAAAAAAAAAAAAAUCAUGAUCUGACUGACUGAUUCUCUUAAUGCCAGUGUCUUAUAGAAAUGUUUGUGUAAUCGUGUCAGGAAUAAUUCUGCAAUUUGUCUGCCAAAUAUACUGAUGUUUAGUGCCUCCUUUUUCCAAGAUCUGCCUCUACUGUCCAAUCAUGUUAACAAAGGUUUUAUACUGUGUUUUUAAACAAUGCCACACAAGCAGUUUGAUGUCCUCAUAUCAAGUAAUUCAGAUCCCAGUUUGCUAUUUUCAGAUAGACAAGCUUUCAAUGUACAGUCUAACUUAUGCUGUCUUACCCUUCUACUCUCCUGAAUAAAUCAAACAAACAGUUAAAAAAAAAAACCGUCUGGCUGUCUGUCA